UUCCAACGAUAACAUCAACAAACUCAUAAAACCCAUUCCCUCCUCACACCCUCAUCAACAACAAAUUUUAUAUUUUCUUUUUCAAUCAAUAAAAUUCAAUGGCAUGUUAUUGCAAUUUCAGCAAAAACAUCACAACAAAUGGUUCAUCAUUCACUCAAUUCAAACACCCCAACAUAUUAUUUUCCAAAACUUAUUUCCUAUUUCCAACCAAUAUUCAUAAACCGUCUCCAUUUACGCUCUUUUGCUCUUCAAUAGCUACUUCAAGUGAUCCGAAUGGCGAUGCAGAGACAACGAAAAAGAAGAAGAAGAGAUUGUCGGAGCAGUCGUCUUGGGAGGCGGAGGAUUCUGAAGGAAAUGAUUAUUUGUAUAGGCUUGGGAAAGAAUCUGAUAAUAUGAACAUUGCUGUUGGUGCUAGAGCUGGUGUUAUUGAUGAUCUCUUUACUGGCGGUUUCCUCGGAAAAGAUUCUGAUAUUGUGUUUGAUUAUCGCCAAAAAGUAACCAGGUCGUUUGAGUAUCUGCAGGGUGAUUAUUACAUUGCACCCGUCUUCAUGGAUAAAGUUGUGGUCCACAUUGUGAAGAACUAUCUUGCUCAUCUUCUAAAUACCAGCGUUCCCUUGAUUUUAGGCAUUUGGGGAGGAAAAGGGCAAGGAAAAACAUUUCAGACUGAACUUAUUUUCCAAGCCAUGGGACUUUUGCCCGUGAUCAUGUCUGCCGGAGAGUUGGAAUCAGAAAGAGCUGGAGAGCCAGGAAGGCUGAUACGUGAUAGGUAUCGUACUGCAUCCCAAGUGGUUCAAAAUCAGGGGAAAAUGAGUUGUUUGGUGAUCAAUGAUAUAGAUGCGGGUCUUGGUAGAUUUGGAAAUACUCAAAUGACUGUCAACAAUCAAAUAGUUGUCGGAACGAUGAUGAACUUAUCAGAUAAUCCUACUAGAGUUAGCGUUGGACAAGAUUGGCGUGAAUCUGAUGUUACAAACAGAAUUCCUAUCAUUGUUACCGGAAAUGAUUUUUCAACACUAUAUGCUCCCUUGGUCCGUGAUGGACGAAUGGACAAGUUCUACUGGCAGCCUAACAUCGACGAUAUCAUAAAUAUUGUUAACAGAAUGUAUGAGAAAGAUGGCCUAUCAAAAAAUGAUGUUGUGAGCAUAGUGAAAACAUUUCCCAAUCAAGCCUUGGACUUCUAUGGAGCUCUUAGGUCACGGACAUAUGACAGCUCUAUCUUGAAGUGGGUCAAUGAUAUUGGUGGUCCUGAAGUAGUUGGAAGUAAACUUCUUAGACGAAAAAAAGAUGAAAAGCUCCCAGUAUUUGUGCCACCGAAGCAAACGGUGGAAGCUUUACUUGAAUCCGGGUAUUCACUAAUCAAAGAGCAGCAACUGAUAAUGGAAAGUAAACUUUCUAAGGAGUACAUGAAGAAUAUGGAGGACUAACAAUCCGAAAUCGGAAGCUGUAGUAAUCAUCAAAAAACUAUACCCAUAUGCUUGUGAGCUCAACUUUUGCCCUUUAUUCUUAAACCAAUGAAACCAUUAACAACUGACAGCUCCUUGGGUAUUUUUGAUCAGCCAAAUUACAUGAGUACAGUAUAGUGAUGGUAAUUUAGACCCCCAUUUACAUAUAAAUGAGUCAAUUUGGGUUGUGUUUA